CAAGUAAGUUGGGCAUUAAUUUUAGUAUUAUGACCGUUGGUUUAUUGGUUAUCAUUUAAUAUAUCAUUGUGGUUCGAAAUUUCGUUAAUUAAAAUUAUAGUUAUUAAAGUGCUAAAUUUAAUAGUAAAUAAUCUAUAAUUUCCUAGCAAGCUUUUUAGUUUCUCUUUGUUUCAUAUCAAUGUUUAUAUUAAAUUAAAUUAAGAAUUGAAUACAAGGACUGCUGCUUGCAAACAAAUUCGAACCUAAUUGAUAAUGUCAUGAUUCAUGAAAACAGCUAAAAAUUACAAAAUAUGUGAAGAAGCUAGUCAUAGCAAGUUAGCAACUGAUACUGUGAAGAUUUAGGAAACAAUGCAGUUCUAUACACACUAUGCAUAAUGCCUCAAAUUAUACAAUUUGGCAUCUGGCUACCAGCCUCGUUUUGAUGCAACUUGUUUCCAGGUCCCAAGUUUGUGCAUAUCAUGUAUGUAUUGUAGAAUAUAGAAUAAAACACUUUUCUAGGCCUGCUACUUCAAGUACUGCAUACUUGCUUUGCAUAAUGCACAAACAAAGCAAAAUACAUAGUGUGUAUACAAUAUCCAGAUUUUUCCUUAACUCGCCUUAUCUCGCCUUAACUCGCAAGGGUCAGUAGCCAGAUUUUUCCUUAACUUGCCCUAUCUCGCCUUAACUCGCAUAGGCUCGCCUUAUCUCGCGGCGAGUUAAGGUCCCAGAGCAGGCCUUAUUAAAAUUCAUGCAGCAGCUACUAGAAUUCGCGCAGCGCUGGGUGCGCAAAAUUGCAAAAAGUCGUUUGUGGUAGCUAUAGUAAAUAUAAAAUUUAUGCUACAAGGAUCAAGGUAAUAAAUGGGAAAUGAACUAGCUAUUUUAAAACUGUAAUGUAUGAUGAUUCUUUUGAGAUAACAAUGAGAAGAUGAAGCGAACGAAGAAGAAAAAUUCCAGUCGGCGGCCAAAAAGGCCGUUUCUGGCGUGAAGUUUAAAUUGCCCUGUUAGUACAUUUAAAAUGCACGUAGUAGCCUAUAAUAUGUGCGUGGAACGCAUAUUACCUCGCCCUCGACGUUUUACCCUCGCCCUCGACAUUUAACCCUCGACACUCGACCAACAGAUAAACUCCACACGACAUAUAGGGACACUCAAGGUUGCACUAAUUGCAGUAGGGUUGAAAAGUUGCCAAUGAUAAAGUGGUGAUUUCUGCCUUCUGCUUUUUGUUGUCAAAUUAUUGAUUUUCUUUGGAUAAAUCUACCGUAUCUACCGCUGAAACUGUUCUAUACGAACUCUCUUGCUCCCCAUUUCCUUUGUCUAUUACACCAUAGCCAAUCUCGUUCCCCGAGCCUGCGAUCCUCGGGAAGGAAACGAAGGCUCUGGGAUAAUCUGUUGCCGAAAGCCAGGAAUUCUGGCUAAGAUUGAAAUGCACAUUCCAUAUCAAUGGCCAAUCAGAUUCCUCCCUGAAACGGAUUAUCCCAGAGCCUUCGUUUCCUUCCCAAGGACCGCAGGCCCAGGUAACGAGAUUGCACCAUAGCGCGCAUGUCAUCAUUUUCAGGUCAGUGUGAACGCCUGAGUAGGCGUCUUGUUACACCAUAAACGCAUGCGACUCGUUCUCUAUUUCUUAAAUAAAAACGUUUCUUCUGUUGAAAUUAUGCAUUACGAAAUACAGUGUUGACAAGAAGCAAUAUUAUUCACAUUUGCUGUACGGAAGCCAUUUCACUUCUGACUAUUACGAACGGGGCACCUUAAUCAGGUGAUUGACUGAAUUAUUUCUGAAAAGUUGCAUUCAAGGAAUUUAUAACUAUAUUUAUUAGUACCUGAGUAAUUACCAACAUUCAAAAUGUAGACUUCACUUUCAUUUCCCACAGAAAAUGAUUCAUAAACUGCAUAAGCUGUCUCUCUCUCAAAACUUUGGAGAUCAACUCUCAGUACAUUCUGCCCACUGGCUGAGAGGCGAUGAAUUUUGUCCAAACCAAGCCAAAACUCACCAGACAAAUUGCCAAAUCCAGUUGUGUAGUCAGCCCAGUUUCUGUAAAACUCCUCAGAGCCAUCUACACGACUUUGGAAUAUAGUCCAGCCCCUCCCUGGAGUGGUUUCCAUAUCACAACGAACACGAAAAGCUCCAUGGCCGUCUGGGUCGAUUGUAUAUACCCCGGUGGUUGUCUUGCCUGAUUUGUAGAGUUCAUUACAACAUUUUGCUGAAGAAAAAAAGUAUAUUAAAUAUACUAAACUCCUAACCUCAACGUAACCGUAACCGAAACGAAAUCUCAACCAAACCUCAACCUAACUUCAAUGUAACUUCAACUUAACUUAAAACCAAAUUUCACCUCACCUUAGCCUCAAUCUUACCUCAACCUAACUUCAACCUAACCUCGAACCAUUACCCUGUUAAUUGCAAUAAAUGUGUUUGAAGUUAUCAUACCAUAAUGUACUGGUUCUUGUUUUUGAAUUUCCUGCAAUUAGAAAAUAUAUUUAAUUUUCGCAUUGUGAAGUCAUAUACCACAGAAAUAUUAAAUAAUUUGAAAUUUGAAAAAUAUCUAGAGAAACCAUUGUUUAAAAAUGUAAUUUCGACGUUGCUGCGAAUACCUAAACAAAACUCAAAGGACAAAAUUGUAGUCAACUAGGUAUUUAAUAACACAAACGUUUUAUACCCUAACACAUCGAUAUUCAUUAAUCUUUUAAUUAGAUUCACACAAUAAUUUUGCAUAUCUUUAUCUCAUUCAAUGACAUUAAAAUGACAGCUUUCAACCCAAGACAACUAUGUAGCGUAUAGUUUUUGUAUUAAUGGCGUUGUAGUAGUCCAGCACAUGAUGACAAAAAUACUUGCGCGGCAAUGUUUAUCUGCCGUGCGGGGAUUUUUGGAUGAUGGCAACUUGACAACAAAACGAGAUGGCAAGAUGGCAACUUGACAAAAAAAAAAAAAAAUUGUUUCGCAAUUAUUGGUACGCAAUUAUUAAAAAUUUGGGAAUGGCACGCUUGACGUUUUCAUCAGUGGAUGGGUGGGUGUGUCAGCACCAACACGUCAAUUUGAUGUUUUGCAUCACAACAUUAAUAUGGACGUGCCCCUCAAUAGUCUAGGACAUGUAUAUGAGUUUGUAUGCGUUUAAUUUAGCAGGUAAUGUCAAUUGUUUUAUGGUAAAAUGACCAUGGCGGUCAACAUGGCAUAUAUGCCAAAAGCUGAAUCUGGGACGAAAGUCCUGAAAAUGACCUCGCCCUGAAAUGGCAGUGUCGACAUAGCUCUAACUUCAGAAAACAAAAAGCGAUAGUCUUUCUGAAGUGCUUCUAGUGUUCAGAAGGAUUGCUUUUAGGGGUGGUCAUUGGAAGAAAAAAAUUGUUAAAGUAUAAUAUUUUACAAGAAAAUGACCAUGCACCACCAGCGGUAAAUUGCUAAUUAUGCAUAAAAUAACUAAUACGGCAGAAAUUAAAUAUUCUUAUUUCCUAAAAACAAAUUAUCAUGGGGUGAAAAACUAUGCUUAAUUUAAUAUAAAUAUUGUUGAUUGCGUAAGGAUUAUCAUUGUUUUCUUUAAAUAUAAUACGUUUUAUUUCACUUACUCCCCACGAAAACCCGAUUUCAGCCAUAUUUUGCAGUCUUGUUUGCUUUUUAUCGCCGAAUCUCGAAAAAAUCAUCCAGUUGUUGUACUUUUACAUAAUCACAAAUGGCUGAAGAAGAUUUCAAAGAAGGUUUCAUCCACUUGAAACAGUGCAGUGUAUUUUAUCUUCGAUAUUGUGUCCUUGGAUAUUUCGUCAAAUUGCCGCAAUUUUAAUGGCUCGUCGCUUCUCUGCCCGAUAAAUGCCACUUCUUCGUUUUCAUAUGUAUUUAGAUUACAUUAUCCAAGAGUACUACAUUGUAGAAUAGUCCCAAUCCAAAAAUUGGAAACAUUAUUUGUACUUGGGAGGAAAAAACCUCCCACUACAGUUGUCCUGUUAGAAUUCAAAAGAAAUAAUUUAAAAGUCACGCGCAAGUUCGCGAAAACACCUCGUGGGUUACUUAACAGGGGGAUGAAUAUUUUCACGAAACGUUUGUUCGCCACCACAGGCCACAGCAACCUAACUAAGUACAUUAUAUUUAUUGUAUAUUUGUGAUUUAUGAUAAAAACAAUAAAUGUUUGCGUAUUUUUAACAUCAAUUAUAAAAAUACAAAAAAAUAAUCUAUUUAGCUAGGUUACUGUAGUGGCGAACAAACGUUCCGUGAAAAUAUUCACCCCCUGUCAUGUAGUCCAAGAGGUGUUUUCGCGAACUUGCGUGUGACUUUUAAAUUAUUUCUUUUGAAUUCUAACAGGACAACUGUACUGGGAGGUUUUUUCCUCCCAAGUACAAAUAAUAUUUCCAAUUUUUGGAUUUAGACUAUCCUACAAUGAAGUACUCUUAGAUAAUGUAAUCUAAAUACAUGAAAACGAAGAAGUGGCAUUUCUUGGGCAGACAAGCGGCCAGCCAUUAAAAUGGCGGCAAUUUGACGAAAUAUCGAAGGACACAAUAUCGAAGGUAAAAUACACUGCACUGUUUCAAAAGUGGAUGAAACCUUUCUUGAAAUCUUAUUCAGCCAUUUAUCAUUUUAUUUGAAAUCUUAUUCAGCCAUGAUUAUGUAAAAGUACAACAACUGGAUGAUAUUUGCGAGAUUCGGCGAUAAAAAGCAAACAAGACGGCACAAUAUGGCUGAAAUCAUGUUUUCGUGGGGGGCGGGGGGUAAGUGAAAUAAAAUGUAUUAUAUUUAAAGAAAACAAUGACAAUCCUUAUGAUAUCAACGAUAUUUAUAUUAAAUUGAGCAUAGUUUUUCACCCCAUGAUAAUUUUUUUUAGGAAAUAAGAAUAUUUAAUUUCUGCCAGGCAUAUUACCUAUUUUAUGCAUAAUUCGCCAUUUACCUGGGGUGGUGCAUGGUCAUUUUCUUGUAAAAUAUUAUACUUAAACAAAUUUUUUCUUCCGAUGACCACCCCUAAAAGCAACCCUUCUGAACACUAUAAGCACUUCAGAAAGACUAUCGCUUUUUGUUUUCUGAAGUUAGAGCUAUGUCGACACUGCAGUUUCAGGGCGGUGUCAUUUUCAGGACUUUCGUCCCGAAUUCAGCUUUUGGCACAUAUGCCAUGUUGACCGCCAUGGUCUGAUGGUCAUUUUACCCUUAAACAGUAAAGUUGAGAUUACCUGUGCUAAAUGAAACGCAUACAAACUCAUAUACAUGCCUUCGACUAUAACAAAAACUCUUGUCUAAUGCUUGUGGUUGCUUGUCUAACGCUUAUGAUUCACUGUAUUGAUAAAUUCAAAAUGUGCCGUGAAUUUAUCAUAAUGAUAAAUUCGGACGUGUUUAACAAUUGGUCAUAUAGUAAAUUCAAAGAUGGAGCUCAUGUUGAGUAUGCACACGAUUGAACACGUGCACGCUCAAAUUAUACUUCAGUGAGCCAUCCAAUAUUUCGCCCUGCAAUUUUGCGAAGGAUUUGCGUUGCAAAAACGUGGAUACAUGAUCGACGAACGGCACAAAAAAAUUAUUGCUUGCAUAUAUUACUUUCUUUUUCAUGCUUACAGAAAAUCUUUAAAAAAUACCUUUUUCAGCGGUUCAUAAUAAUCAUAGUUUUUAUCAGCCUGCAAAUUCUGAGAGUAUUUUGUUUUCGUGGCGUUGUUGAGCUGACAGUUGUUAGAAGGAUGUUGAUGUUUUCUUGCUUUGUAAUUGAUUGAUUUGCAGUCAGAAGGUUUUCCGAGACAGUACAGAGAACAUUCCACGACAUUUAGUGUGUUGUAUUCACUGACUACAUGGUCGCGUAGACGGCAACCUACAGAAAAUUUAAUUUUUAGAAAGUAUCAAAGGUGCACCUAUAAAAUGGGGAGAAAACUUUUACAUUUCCCUCAAUCGCGUGUCAAAAGUGUGAACAGCGCAUGAUUUUCUCUGUGUUGAAAGUGUUCCAUGCAAUAAAGGUGGAACAUCGAUUUUUAUACAUAGAACUGAUCCACAAUCGUGGACAUAACUUGUUAAUAAAAUUUUAAUUUGCCUCUGUGAGAGUUUAAAUUGUAGUUUAAUUCCUGUAGUUUGUCUAAAACACUGACCCCCCCCCCCUCCCCCAACACAAUGUUGUUGAACUACGCUUAAAAUGAGUGGAAAAUCAUAGCAGCAUUGAGUGGGGGAGUGGACGGGGGCUAUAUGAAGUUAUUUGAUUGUAUAUUCCUAAAAUGUCGAUUGAUUUUAUUAACACUUUUGGCCGUGAUUGUCUCCAAUAAAUUGCAGUUUUCUCCUUUAAAGUGUAUAUGAAAUGAAAAUUUCGAUAUCGGGUUUUUUGCAUUUUCUGAACAUUUGGUCUUUUGCGAUCAUAAAAAUACAAACCUUGUUGAAAAAUUCGAACCAGAAGUUUGUUAAUUUUACGAUUAAAGUUCGCUUUUUCGACUCGAUACUAGCGAAAGACUGGUACCUAGAGUUCCGGGCCUUGUGACGUAUGCAGUAUGACACGCAGAAGUGUUUCACUACACGAAAACAACAAAAUAACACGAACAUCAGACAGUUGCCUUUAUAUUUCGCUAUAAAAAUGUGCGAUAACGAAAGCUUUGAAUCACAGACAGAGACAGAAGGGUCAACAUGCAGAUAAUGAGGACAUCGCUGUUGUUCAGCCAUAUCAAUUUGAGCUAGUCGCAUAUAGUGACUACGAGGAAGACCAAACGGACGAAGACGGCAUUCUUCAUGAUACUCUUGAGGCGAGAUUUAAUAAAAAUGUAGCUGUUAAUUCAUGGUAAGUAAAGUUAUAAAAGUAAUAUUAUAUUAACCCGUUCCUCGACUAUUUAUUACCCUGUUUCGUCUGAUAUGCGAGUUUAUUUUAAGGUGCUCAUGUGGACAUUGUAGCGACGAAUUAUUGCAGGACGCUAGAGAAUAUAGAUGCUAUAAGGAAAUUUUGGAGUGCAUUGACAAAUUUACGUUCGAGGACAAGGACGCAGAAUGCAUCACACAGCAGUGGGAUUAUGCACUAAGUUGAAAAGUUGAAAAUGUUCUCGAGUGUGUAUUUCAUAAUUUCCAUACCCAGCGCAACUGGCCAAGCAGAAAGAUAUUGUCUGGCGUGGCUGGGUCUUGAACCCGCGACCUUCGAAUUACUAGAUCGACGCUCUACCAACUGAGCUACACGGUCAGACGGAUAAGACUGGAAAUUAUGAACUAUAUAUACUGAAUGUCAUAGACAUACUCGUUUAUAUUAAUUCAGCAUCGAACCAUACUAGUUCUGCAAGUGUUAUGUUAGCCUAUAUGUUGUAAUAUGAUAAUUAGUCGUCACCCAUCGAACAGUAGCCUACUAGAGACGCAGGGGCUUUUCUCUGAUAUAAAGUCAGGGAAAAAGUAUCAUAAACCAACAAGCAGAACCCAAGAUAAUUAAAUAUCACUAUUUCUUGUAUAUAUUUGUAUUCUAAACGAUAUCUUGUAUUCUUUGUUAUACAGUAUGUCUAUAAUUUAUCUUUUUAUAUGUAUAUAUUAGAAUAAAGUAUACUAAUGGGUAAUAACAGUGACUUGACUUAGCCUUGGGUUUUGAUAGGCAAAUCUUAUAUAUAUUCCGACCAUACAUAAGUAACUUCUUUAGUAGUAUUUGCAAACAUGAAAUUAACGACUCACUGUUUGAUUAUUUAGAUAUCUUCGAGCAGUAGCAUAUCGUUGGAUAGUCAGAUGAUAUUUGGCAUGCUGGGAUGGGAGAAUUGCAGACCACUUCCAGCAUGCAUAGUAAAUGCAUAAAAACUGACUGCACUGCUUUAUAGGGUUACAGUAGAUAUAGUACAGAUGCAAACAAGAUUGCGUGCGAGUGCUGGUGUGAGUUUCGUCACGUCGGUAGACGCGCUAUCAGCCUGUCGCGCAAAACAUGCACGCGUUUCUUGCCGAGGUUUUCUAGAGGCUCAAAUUCUGGUCUAUUUCGUGUACAAAAACACGCAACUACAUGUAAUAGAUUCUCAAUGUGAACUUAACGAACGGUUGUGAGUGAAAGAAUAUAAUGAAGUACUGAAGUAGAGCCCAUCAUUAGAAGCAGCUAUAUUAAGUAAAGUCCUUUUACCCUAUCGCAUUUUACCAUGCUAUAUAUAUAUAUAUAUAUAUAUAUAUAUAUAUAUGCAAUUCAAAAUUUGUUAGUUUUGGAAUGGUCCAUACUCAUGCUAUGGUAUGUCAUGUCAGUAAAUGUAGAUAUUAAGUAUUCAUUUCCAUGUUAUGCUUACACUAGUUUGCCAUAAUUAAUAUCAGCUAUAGCCUAAGCCUAUCUACAUAAUAUGCGGUCUGAAACCUACAACGUAGUAGAUAUAGUCCCUUGUCUCAUCGAAUUUGCAUUUUAAUUUUCGGCCGCUUAUACGCUACAACUCGGCAUGCUGUAAUUAUAUUGUAUCUAUAGAUUGAAAGCGAAGUCUACAGAAAGUGGAUUCGUUUCAAUUUUCUUCAAAUCUCUCAAAAAACCCAAUUCUUACCCAGACGAAGCUAUAAUUUUCAUAAUGUUUACCGAUUGAAAGGUCGCACUGUGUCAUACUGCAUACGUCACUGACCGCGCGAUGGAAUGUCAGGAAUUUCGCCAGUAGAUAGUCGAAAAAGCGAACUUUAAUCGUAAAAUUAACAAACUUCUGGUUCGAAUUUUUCAACAAGGUUUGUAUUUUUAUGAUCGGAAAAGACCAAAUUUUCAGAAAAUGCAAAAAACCCGAUAUCGAAAUUUUCAUUUCAUAUACACUUUAAAAGCAAUCAGAUGCCGAGGGUUUUACGGUUCAUAAUGUAUAUUUCUUCCAGCAGAGAUUUUUAAGCUUCGAAACGUGACAAAAAACAUUACUUUUUCGAUUAUAUGUGCUUUAUAAACAAAAAAAACGCCGAUCAACACGAUAUGUUAAUUUAACCAGAUAGAUUUGCAAGUGCUUUUGAUCCAACCAACAUGCAUGUGCAGUACAUAAACUUAGAGUUUUGGAGAAGGCUUAGUGAAAAAAUACAUUAGACAAAUUAAUUGUCCAUCUUCUGCUCUUGCUAACUGUAUAGUUCGUAUUAAAUAACCUUAUAUCGUGCUUUGGGGCGAAUAUCUACCUCUGGUCUCACCUUACGCGGAACGGUUAACCAUAGUUAACCGUGAUGGUUAACCAUGCACCGACAAUGACGAGAAAUGUUAUGUUUGCUGGCAUACUUGUGUAGACAUUGUAGUAUUUUUGACAUUUGCAGAAAAUGCAGGAUUGUAUCAGAGAAGAUCAAGUUAUCACAACUGCGAAUUGUGCAGAAAAAGGAUGUUCAGCUACGGUUAACCGCUUGUUUCAAAAGCUAUUAAAGACAUCAAAUAUUUAUCAAUAUUAUGGUUAACCGUGCUUAAAAGCCCAAAUAAGCAAAUGGUAACCAUAAUUACGAUGUAAACAUUUAAAAGGAAGUUCAUUCAUGUCUAACAAAUAGAAAAGUACAAAAUCUAUCGUCCCAAAGCGUUGCCUGCAAUAACAAAUUCUAUCGUCUGCAAUAACAAAAUCUAUCGUCCCAAAGCGUUGCCUGCAAUAAUUAACCGUCCGGUUAAGCGUUGCAUUGUUAAUUACUGAGGCAUAAGCAAAUUACAUUCAAGCGUUCCUGCUGAUAUUUUACUACACAGUCAUUUACGUUACGCUAUUCAAGCUAAUAAUCUGCUACUAGGUUGAAAAUGUUUAUUUUGCGUAUUUUAAUUGUUACAAACUCACCUUACAAGUUUAGUAUACAACGUAGUACAAAAAGGCAACGGAAUUACGACAAAAUAUUAAUAUGACCUAUACUGCAAAUUACCAGCGGUUUUGGACUUCUAUGUCAGUUUUGUCGGUAAAUUACGCUUAAAGUCGCUAAUACAAAGUUACCAUUAAAUACGUUUCAAAACACAAAAUAUGUGCGAUUGCCGUGCACCCUGUACGUCAAGGGUAGAAGUUUUAUUGCGCAUCAUUUACAUUAGACUACAAUUGCUACUCGCGCGAAGUGAUUGCGACAAUCCAUAUCGCGUAUCAUCUGUUUAUCUAACCCUACGGGAAUAUACCAGAGAGCAACCCAUUUUUAAAUCUAUGAAACGCCGUUCGACCUAAAAUAAUCUAAUGCUCGGUAGAUAUAUUCCGGCAAUAAGUAACAAAUAUAGGCCAAAUUAAAAAACACUUACUAGUUUAAGGUCGUGCUCAGACAAUCGUGGACAUAACUUGUUAAUAAAAUUUUAAUUUGCCUCUGUGAGAGUUUAAAUUGUAGUUUAAUUCCUUAGUUUGUCUAAAACAUCCCCCCCUCCCCCAACACAAUGUUGUUGAACAAGGUUUAAAAUGAGAGGAAAAUCAUACCAACAUUGAUUGGGGGAGUGGGGGGGGGGGGAUAUAUGAAGUUAUUUGAUUGUAUUUUCCUAAAUUGUCGAUCAUUUUAUUAACACAUUUGUCCAUGAUUCCAGCUAAAUACAGUUUGUUUAGUUCAGGUUCGUUUAAGACCGAUCAGAGAGCGCGGGGGGGGGGGGUAAUACCAACAUAUUUGCAUUCCAUAAAGGUAAAAUCGCUCAUUAAAUUCGAAAUACAGAAGGUUUGUCGAGUCUCGCACCAUUCCCAGUAUUGGUUUGAAGUUGUUUCAUAUUUUUGUUUGCCCAAUUAGAAAGCUUCGUACACAAUUAAAAAAAUCUAUAGGUUAGGCAUUCGAACCAAUCAACUUGUCCUACUCUCCUACAUGUUAACAUUAAUAUGAUCGAUCAACAAACAUGCAUUUGAAUUAUGUUCAAAUAUCACAAAAAUGCUUCUUGAGAUAAUAUGUUGUCACUCCAAGCCAUUUCACUCCAUCCCUUUUCAAAAAAGGAUAUUUUUGUUCCCUCUACUAGCUCUCCCUUCUCCCCCACCGCCACUUUUAAACAGACUCAGAAAACUGGUUAAGUGGACUAAUUAAAUUCAGGAUCCAAUCGCCUUCCAUAAUUAAUUUGGAGUAUAGGUCUAAGAUACAAUCUAAUUUUCUGUUGAUAUUUUUUCAGUUAUAUUUAUAACAUUUGCAACAAUUACCUGACAUGAACAAUUUUAACCACGCACUUCAGUGGAGAGAACUACAGGUCUGUGCGCACUGCAGUAACAGAUAGACAAUCAGGACAUGACCAGAAUUCAUGAGUUGCUUCCAAAAUUCACUCCGAUAUCUACAAUUAUAGGAAAUGUUUUGCGUGACUACGUUAGUUUAAAAAACUCAGGGGCGAAUCCAGCAUUCUGGCAUUACUUUUUUUAUUAAUUUAGUGAUUGAGAAGUACAUGUUUUUGAUAGUAUUUUAGUUAAUACUCAUACUGUUCAAAGAAUAAUUGGAAUGCAAAUGAUUGCUCAAAUACUUUUCGGAAAUAUAAAGCCCGUUUGCACCUUUUUAUUUUUAAUUUUAUUAAAUUCAUUCAUUCCCGAGCCAACGGCGCGGAGCGCCAUUCCGGGCGUAAGCCCGGGGCGAGGGUACUAAUUCCGUCAGGCUAUUUACAUCCGGGGAAAGGAACGCACUACCGAAGUCUAAAGUUCAUCAAAUAUCGCGGGCGGAUGGUGUACGGGUGGUCAUCUCACUGAUCUCAAGAUAUGCAUCGCUGUUUUUGCCAGGAAUGAAGAAGGGGAAAACUGAUAUAAAAAUCAUGUAAGAAAGCUUGGAAAAUCGUUCCUCAAAACAAAUUGUAAAACAUUUUUUCAAUUUUUAAACGUAAACAUUGAUAAGAAUUGAUUUAGCAUGAGAAAUCCUAAAGUAUAGGGCAAGUUUGAAUAAAUUGUUUAUGCAUGUAUUCCUUUGUAUUUAAUAUUAUAGACUUUGUUCUUGUUGCUCAAAUCUUUCCUACGCAUUGUAUGCGAAAGUUUCUUUAGUUGACUUAACGUUUAACUUAACGUUGACUUAACGUUGACUUGACUUAACGUUGACUUGACUUAACGUUGACUUAACGAUAAAAAGGAAAGCAAAUUAUUUUCAUUAGCGUCGUGUAGGAAUUAAAUUUAUUUCAUUUCAGAUGCGAGUAAUAAGUUGAACCUCAAGUUGAAGAGUUUAAUAUCGGCAAAAAGCAGUUGAUUUAAAUUCACAUUUAAAAACGUUUUACGUAGAGUUUCGUUUUGAAUUUUACAUUAAAAUAAAGUCCAUGGAAAAAAACAAAAUAAUAUACCUACAUUAAAUAUUUUAGAAAUUGAUAGUUCUGUAUUUCAUAUAUUGUUUACAGGUUUGUACAAAAAAAUUAAAAAAACAAUUACCGUGUGGCCUGAUUACACGGCUAAAAACGCACAGGUUGUUCCAAGUUGACAUCGACAGGCGUGAGCAAUGUUGUGCGGCCAACUAUAAACAAGUUGUCAACCAUGUUGUUCCAAGUUGCUACAGUUGAACAAUGCUGUAACAACAUGUUGACAAUACUGUUCACAGUGGGCCGCACAACGCCUGUUGAUAUUCAACCUGGAACAAGUUGUUGAUUUUCUCAAUUUUUACGCGUGUAACAUGACGUGACGAACGCGAACCUGCGUUCAGUGCUGGCGUAAUUACGAAUACUUCAUGUUGAAACAAUGUUUGGGGAAUGAUGGUUAGGGGUUUUUGCAUGCAUAUAUUUCUAGCAUAUAAAGAAUGGAGCUAGCCCACGCUUGUCGAGAUUAUGAUCGGCAGCUUUUAAUUAAAGAUGAUACUAAGAUACCCCGCGGUUCCCUCUUACACGGGUACCGGCAUCGUAUACGUGUCUUUUAUUUUAGUGCCUUUCAUGUACUGAUGUCUGUGGAAAUUUUCCAUACUUUCUACGGCUGUUUGUGGAAUAGCACUUUUUCAAUCAUUGGCAAGCCGCUAGUAUACAAUUGGGGAGCAUUCUAUAAGAAAGUAAUUAAAGUUACUUAUAUAGUUAGUGGAAAAGUUUACCGCAAUCAGAAUUGUGAUGAUAUAAGAGAGUUAACUAACAAUUUAACUACGAAACGGACGGUUAAAAAGUAGUUAAAUGUUUGUCUUUAAAUAUCACUGAAUUGUUACAGCAUCAAGCUACCCGAAAACUAUAGCGAGGUCUUUGAUGUUUCGAGCGAAAAACCUUCCUCUUUAAAAGUCUAAUGCUAUACCUCUAGCUUUUUAUUUUAAAGGUAUAGUUUCCUCCUGUACCUAAGUUAUUCCAUGUAAUUACAUUGACUAAAUACUUACCUAUAUCUUGACUCACCUAUUUCUAGUAUUCUGUUCAAAAUGCUUAACCUCUUUUUCUAAGGGUCAUGCAUUUAAUUUAGCUACAUUAGGCCUAUAAUCGUUAAUUUAUUAAUGGUCCUUGAAUACAUAAAUAGUAACUACUGGGCCAAUUUUAAAGCAUGAAUACUUAUAAUGAGAAGAGUUUUUCAAAUGUGUCAAAUUAUCCACCUAUCGUAUUGUUAGGUGUCUAAAUUAGUUUAACUAUCAAGCCAAUUAAUGUAUUUUCCUGUGUGGUUUGAAAGAUAUAGCCUUCCGCACCUCUUGUAAUGCGUUUUAUAACCUUUCAUGAGCUAGAUAAUGAGAUGCGAGGUCAUUGUAUUUGCGUGACCUCUUUAGCUAUUCACCAUCAAUUUUCAGACGAAAGACCAGCCACAGAUGACCAUUUUCUAUCUAUAGAUAUUACGCGUCCUUACCCAACAAUAGAAAAAACUAUAAGAACCUCUUCUAACAUGCCACGUUAUGGAUAAGCAAUGCCACAGUGGAUUCGUGGUGGUCACAUGAAUAUGGCUGCGAGGGAUGCAUUAUUCACUGCCAGUUUUCAGAUAAGUGCGAGUAGUAUAGUUUCCUUUGUUGUCGCGAAAAAACUCCACCACACACCGUCGUCGUCGUCGUCGUCGUCGCCGCCAUCGUCGUCGUCGUCGUCAACAACAUCAUCAACAUAAUCAAUAUCAAUAUCAACAUCAUCGUCAUCAUAUAUUAAUUACCUCCGCUCCACUCCACUUUCCACCGCCACACUCCACCACCACACUCCACCACCACACUCCACCACCACACUCCACCACCACACUCCACCACCACACUCCACCACCACACUCCACCACCACACUCCACCACCACACUCCACCACCACACUCCACCACCACACUCCACCACCACACUCCACCACCACACACAUGUUAAUGAUGAUGCGCCACCACACUUCACCGCACUCCACCACACUCUACCACACUCCACCACACUCCACCACACUACACCACACUUCACCACACUUCACCACACUCCACCACACUCCACCACACUCCACCACAUUCCACCACACUCCACCACAAAAAAGGGGUCGGCCGAACGGCCUGUAUAUAUAUAUAUAUAUAUAUAUAUAUAUAUAUAUAUAUAUAUAUAUAUAUAUAUAUAUAUUACUACUUCUGCAUUUUCAGUAUAUUUGCAUACAGGUUAGUUUGUGCGGAAUUUGUUUAUUUAACUCUAUAUAAGAAAACCGCACUAUUGUCACCAGAAAAAAACGAAAAUGCAGGCAAACACUAUACACAUUAUAUUUCAACCAGCAAUCGAAGCAAAUUGCAAACCACCUACCAAUAUUCUCUGAUUUUGCGAUUUAAAGCAUCGCGUAAUCACGACUGGGUAAUUAAUUAAACAAACACACCGCUAUUGGUUAGUUGGGCGAAAAAACAAUGACACGUAUUUUUUGCAUAAAUCAAAACAAAAAAUAGAUAAUGUGCUCUAUAAUGUUUGCAUCGAGUUUCCUAACCUUCUUAUUCUAUUAAGUAUGUUUUGGGCACACCUCUGAUCAGUGGCUGAAGAGCUUUACUUGUCAUAUCAUGCAUUUAAUGUAGCUGGCGUAACGUAGACCAAAACUUGAAGACCUGGUCCAUUAAUCCAUUCUAAUCAUCAAUUUAUUAAUCGAACUCAGCGCAUAACAGUUAUUGCUGCAUGCAUGUAUUUCUAGUUCGUAUCACGAAGCUAGAAAAAUGGUCCGCGAUAAGGGAGCAUUCACAGUUUAUGGUUUAUGUGGUUGGGGGCUAUGAGCAUUUUGCGUUUUGAAGAUAUAUUUAACACCUGAUCUACUUAUUGAUAUAUACCAAUUUUCAUGACUUCUCCAAUGAUAAUAUAUAUUCAAGAAAUGUGUCCUUUCAUUAUAUAUAGAUGUUCAAAGACCAAGAACUGCACAUUAAUUUUGGUUGUAUGUUUUGUAGUAUAGGUGGUGUUCAAAUGUUAACACAUAGCUUAAUUUUUAUAUAAUAUUAAAGUUUAAAAAUCGAAAAUGGUAGUAAAUCUCCUUGUGAGAAGAAAUGAAAUCUUCCAUAAGAUUUUUAAUAAAAUUUCGCAACUAGAUUGAGCUUUCUCUUGACAAGUAAAAUAAUCAGGCUGUACCCAAGAAAAUUGGCUGCUACACUAGUCAAAAGUAGUCAAAUUAACUGUCCUCAUACCAAUCCAUCAGCCCCUUCCACCUUGAUUUAUCCAAUAAAAACUUAAUUAACCCUAUUGUCAUGCACAUGAUAUUUGAAAUAAUAGUAACAGAAAAACGAUUUUGGGCAACGUAUCUUCUGUGCAUUUGAAAGGAAGUGCAGAACAAAAGUUGCGGAACCUCAAAACUCGUAAGGCCCCUAUCAAGCGCGUAGGCACCAAGCGUACGCCGCUUUUGCAAUGGGUCAAAUCCGGCAUCGAAAACUUGUUGCCAGACGGACGUGUGUGAUGUGAAUAUUUUUCACUCGUCGAAUAAAUUUAUAGCGUUAUAUAUAUUCUAUAUAUUUACAGACUUGUACAUGCAUGGGCCGGAUUUUCAUAUUCCUGACCAAGGCUCACAAAGCUGCCAUUUGAACUCUAGGUUUUUAAUUAAAUGAAAAUGGAGGUUGAAACGUUUAAGAUGAAUAGAACGAAAGAAAUUGAAUGUAUUAAAAAAAGGGUUAUAUCACUUUUACCAGAAUUCACUUUUUUCACAUUUACAUUUGGAUAUACACUCGUUAAGUUUUAGCAUGUUAACCAGGGACGUUUGUUAUAAUUAGGUGCGUCUGAUUGAAAAACUACUAUGCUAGCUAAUACCUGUACUAUGCAGAAUUUUGACAUUUUGUCCGACCGCGAAACCAAUAAGUAGCUGAAAAGAUCACGUACGAAACGACCGUUUAUACUGCUUCCAUUAAUUGGUUAAUGAAUAUCUGUUUGCAUCAUAUCAGUUGCGUAUGCCGCAAUAAUAGCGAAAACCAUAAUUGAUGUAAUUAUAAUAAUUGUUUUGGAAUAUUCAAAUUCAGAAAAGAAAACAAUCUAUUUCUAAAACUAUAGCUUGCUAAAAAGCAAUCGACAUAUGGCAAUUGUGUAUGUAGAACAAAUUUUGUAUGAGAUAUUUUUGGUUUUCUGACGACCGCCAUGAUAGCACUGACGAUACACUAAGGCCAAGUAAAAAAAAUUCCCUGUUUCUCCUCACCGCCCGCAUUAGGAAAUAGCCGCCGCAUUUGUAUUUUUUUUUUAUAAAUAACAAUUACAUGAAAUAUUUAGCGGUGGGUGGUCAGCAGUGUAAUAUUUUAUACAACCUCAUGUUGUUUUUUAUAAAUACUGUAUUUUAAAUAAAUAUACAUGGACAUGGCAUGGUAGAAUAGGGAUUUUUAUUAAACAAUUCUUAAUUAUUAUUAUUAUUAUUAUUAUUUUAUCGAUCAAAUAACGAUGCGUAUAAACGACUGGAAUAGCGGUUCGGAAAAUCAACAUGUUUCCCUAAAAGCUGUUUUUGUACUUCUCGCCGUUGGGCUUCAAAAGCCAAACCCGAAGUCUAAGGCAAAGGACCAUCAAGAUGCCUUGUCAAAGCGACUUGCACUUUGGAAGGACGGUGAGAUCAGUAAGCUAAUACGUGAGGGACGAAUCGUACAAAGUCGUAUUGGAAAAUUUAAAGGAUCAAACCACCCCGAUAAAGCUAAAGUCUUUGCUAAGCUUGUGCUAGAAGGUCAAAUCAACUCAGCCCUUCGCUUCCUGAGUGAAACCUCAAAUGGCGGCAUGUUAACGUUAACUGACGAUGUAAUGACGCAAUUAAAACAGAAGCAUCCUGUGCCACAACCAGCAAACUCGGAUCGGUAUUAUUUGGCCCGCUCAAUGACGAGAUACCCGAAUAUAUUUACUCACAGAUCAAUGGUGAGAUGGUUAGACAAGCCGCUUUGAGAACAAAGGGAUCCGGAUGCUCGUCUGGUGUUGAUGCUAACGGCUUUAGAAGAAUGUUGGCAUGUAAGUCCUUUAAGCAAUCAUCUACAAGACUGUGCGAAGCUAUAGCCAGAAUGACCAAGACUUUGUGCACACAAUAUAUCGAUCCUACUACUAAUAAAGCAUUGAUUGCUAGUCGUUUAAUUCCCCUAGACAAAGGCGAAGGUGCGGUAAGACCUAUCGGAGUAGGAGAGGUAAUAAGGAGGAUAAGUGCAAAAUGUGUUAUGAGCUUUGCAAAGAAGGAUGUUGUGGAAGCAAGUGGAUCGUUACAAUUAUGCGCUGGGCAAAAGUCUGGAAGUGAGGCUGCAAUACAUGCAAUGAACACCCUGUUUGAAGCUGAUGACAUUGAUGCUGUUUUACUUAUCGAUGCUUCCAAUGCAUUCAAUGCACUCAACAGAACUGUGGCUCUGCAUAACAUCCGUGUGUUAUGUCCGAUAAUCGCUGCCUACGCUAUAAACACCUACAGACAGCCAGCUCGGCUGUUUAUUGUUGGCGGCAAAGAGAUUGCGUCAGCAGAAGGAACCACACAAGGAGAUCCUUUGGCAAUGGCCUUUUAUGCGAUAAGUACCCUGCCUUUGAUCACGAGUCUACAGGCCGCAUCUACCGUGAAGCAGUGUUGGUUCGCAGACGAUGCGAGUGGAGCUGGUCGUGUGACACAAAUCAAAGAUUGGUGGGAUGCAUUGAAUACUGUUGGUCCAAACUUGGGAUAUUUUCCGAAAGACGAGAAAUGCUGGAUUAUUGUUAAGCCCGAAAAGGAAGAAAGUUUGAGAGAAGUCUUCCAUGGAACGGAUAUCAAUAUAACAGUGCAUGGGCAGAAACAUCUGGGAGCAGCGCUAAGUUCACGAGAGUAUCUGGAGGAAUAUGUUAAUGAGAAGAUCUCUAAUUGGGUCAACGAAGUGACAGAAUUAGCCGAAUUUGCACUGUCCCAACCACAAGCGUCCUAUGCCGCAUACACAUUUGGUUUGAAACAUCGUUGGACCUACUUCCUAAAAACCCUGCCAGACAUCCAGGACCUACUAUAGCCACUCGAAAAGGCAAUAUCGCAGAUUCUCAUCCCCGCUAUCACAGAUCACCAGUGCAAUCCACUCGAUCGGGACAUUCUAGCACUUCCAGCACGUCUGGGUGGCCUGGGCUUGGAAAAUCCAAGUCAUGAGGCAGAACGUCAGUAUGUGUCGUCAAAAGGAGUGACAGCACCCCUUGUUGAUCAGAUUGUAGCGCAGUUCCAUCAGCUACCCAACGAGUCGCAUAUAAAAUCAGCGCAACAAGCCGUUAGAAAAGAAAGAGUGCAAGAGUGGCAGGAGAGGGCAGAACGUAUUAGAGAGAGUGCACCACCAAGAAUUCAGCGUAUAUUAGAUGUGGCUUCGGAAAAAGGAUCAUCUGUGUGGCUCACAGCACUUCCCCUAAAAGAGCAGGGAUUCAACUUGAAUAGGAGAGAAUUUCGGGACGCCGUAAAGCUGCGCUAUGAUUGGCCAAUCGACGACAUCCCCUCAAUAUGUGUAUGUGGGGAUACCUUCACGGUCGACCAUGCCAUGAUCUGCAAACGUGGAGGCUUUGUAAUUAUGCGCCACAAUGAGUUAAGAGAUCUGGAAGCGGAACUCCUCAACAUUGUCUGUAGUGAAGUCCAAGUUGAGCCUGUCCUACAAGACAUCUCGGGAGAGCAACUAAAUGGAGGCCCCAACAGAGCACCUGAUGCUAGACUGGACAUUCGUGCGCGUGGGUUCUGGGAAAGUCAACGAUCAGCCUUUUUUGAUGUAAAGGUUUGUCAUCCCAAUGCUGAUUCGUACAAGGACCUGGAGCUACGCCAAGUCUACAAGAUACACGAAAACGAGAAGAAGCGCCUAUAUGCAAGGAGAGUCCUCGAAAUAGAGCAAGGAACAUUUACGCCACUCGUAUUCACCACCACAGGCGGUAUGGGCAAAGAAUGUGUGAGAUACCAUAGUCGAUUGGCAGAGUUGGUAGCCAUGAAGAAAGGCGAAGAUUAUGCGACAACUAUGAGUUGGAUAAGAGCCAGAACCUCAUUCGCUUUAUUGAGAUCGGCACUUACCUGCUUGAGGGGUUCAAGGGCAAGGAAAAUCAUGUAUGAUAUUAAGAACAUUGAUUUCAACAUUGAGAACGCCGAGAGUGUUAUCUCUCAAACAUUUAGACUGCACAUAUACACAGUUUAGUUGUUUAGUUAUUUAGCGGAAUAUCUUAGUUUAGUUAUUUAGCUACUUAGCGGUAAAUAUUUUAAUUAUGUAGCGGUAUAUGUUCCAGAGUUUGUUUUUAAAAUUUAACUGUGCAUAUCAACAAAAAUUUAGACACUUUUUUAAUUAUACCCAAAGAACAGAUUAUUUAAUAUAGUCAUUGAUAACAAAAGAAUUAUUGUAUAUAAUGAAAUGAUGAAUAAGAUUAUUAUUAUUAUUAUUAUUAUUAUUAUUAUUAUUAUUAUUAUUAUUAUUAUCAUUAUUGUUAUUAAUAUUAUUAUUAUUAUUAUUAUUAUUAUUAUUAUUAUUAUUAUUAUUAUUAUUAUUAUUAUUAUUAUUAUUAUUAUUAUUAUUAUUAUUAUUAUUAUUAUUAUUAUUAUUACUGUGGAAGUCAACUAAUAAUCAUACUAACAUUCAAUACGAUAGCUACAACUCAACUAACGAAGUUUUAAAAAAUUUCCAUUCUCAACAAGAAAAUAAACUUAGGAACCGUUUGAAAUGUCAAGGUUCCUUUUUCGAAAAUGUUUCUAAAUUCUCCCUAUCACAACUUAACGCAAUCUGGUCGGUAUCACAAUCAAAGCUACCAAAGAACAUUUUCAACUUUACAAUUCGCUAUAUAAAUAAUACCCUUCCUACCCGAAAGAACCUAAGUAGAUGGGAAAUUUCAUCAAGUUCUGACUUCUCGUUCUGCUUACACUCUGAAUCUCUUCUACACGUUGUUGCCGGUUGUCAACAUUACUUGGAACGAUUUAAUUGGAGACACGAUUGCAUACUAAAGUUUCUUGCAAAAACUUUUCAAAGUUUAAAAAAAUGCAAAUUACUUGUUGAUCUUCCUGGAUUUGAAAGCCCCUCGAUUAUUACGGGAGAUGAAUAUCGUCCUGAUUUACUUGUCUCCACUUCAGACAAACACCUCUACGUUGUUAAACUUACCGUAGGCAUUGAAUCAAACCUCACAAACAAUGUUAACCGCAAGAAAGCUAAAUAUAAAAACCUAAUUAGAGAACUGGAUCAAAACUUUACAUCUGUUAAAUUUAUAAAUCUGUCUGUCAGUUCGCUAGGGGUGUUUGACAAAGAAUGUCAUACAUUCGUAAAAAUGCUAAAUGAGUUAGGACUGGGUAAUCAACACCAACAAUAUUGUAUCAGAAAAAUUAUAUCUAUUGCCAUCCGAUCAACGUACUACAUAUUUUGCUGUAGAAAUAAAGAAUGGACUAAUCCCGAACUAAUGAACAUUUAAAGUAACUAUUUCUAUAAAUAAUCAACAAUUUUUGUAUAUAAAAUUAUAACCAUGCAUGUAUAAGUGAUUCAAGUAGUCAAUUGUAGGUUACCUCAAGAAGUGAGAUUUACAAUUGUAUAUAUCUAUAAAUGUUCUAUUAAUAAAGUUUUCAUUAUUAUAUUAGAUAGAUUUGCCUGGCUUUAUUACUCCGUCAGUUAUCACUGGUGAUCAGUUACGUCCAGACUUUCUCUUCGCAAUUGAAAAUAAAGUUUUAUAUGUUUUGGAACUGACUGUUGGCUUUGAAACAAAUCUUACCUCUAACUCAGAUCGAAAACAUAAAAUAUACCUGCCGCUUAUUUCAGAUCAAGAAAGUAACUAUGAUAAGGUAAAAUUUGUUAAUGUAUCCAUAAGCUUGCUAGGCGUUUUUGGUCAAUCGACGAACACCUUAACGGAUAUGCUCAAGGAACUGAAGUUCGAUAAACAACAAAUUAAAUACAUUAAAAAGAAAAUCAUUGCUAUUUGUAUUCGCGCAUCAUAUUAUGUAUUCUGUCAGCGAAACAAAGACUGGACUAGCCCAGAGCUUCUAAACUUUUGA